AUGGCUGAUAAAAAGGAUGUCCGAAAGUUUGAUACCGAGGAAUCUGUGGCGGUGGCUCUGGCGGAUCACGUGGCUGGUCUAUCAGAAAAGUUCAUCAAAGAGAAAGGUUCUAUCACAAUCGUUCUCUCUGGAGGUACCCCGAUCAACACACUUGGUAUGAUGUUAAUAAUUCAGGAAGUACUCGAGGCUCCUUACAAACGUACUGUGGAUUGGGUUAACUGGCUUGUCUUUUGGGUGGAUGAGAGUGUAGGCCUUGUCACUGACCCCGAUAACUACUUUAAUCAGGCUAAAAAAGGUUUUCUAUCCAAGGUACCGAUUCCCGAAGACAAUUUCUAUCCCAUGAUGCCAAUUGGAGGUACACCAACACCGGUGCAAGCAGCUGAGUAUUAUGAUAGCCGCCUAAAAAAUCUGGUACAAACCAAAAUCUUGCCUAAAUCAACUAAUGGGUAUCCGCAAUUUGAUCUCAUGCUACUUGGUCUCGGCCCAAGCGGACUUGUGGCUUCUCUAUUCCCAAAUCGUGGUCAACUUAGUAUGACCACACCAUGGGUUACCUUUGCACAGACGCACCAACACCACCUGAAUCAAGGACUACUUUUAUCAUUCCAACAAUCAACUCAUGUUCAGAGAUUGCAAUUGUGGCCACCGGGAUCGACUUGGCCCUUCCUGUGUAUAUGGCGCUCACAACCUGACGUCCUCCCGGGGUUAAACUGCUGCCUGUUGAAAAAGUUUCACCUCAACAGAAGCUCACCUGGUUUCUAG